GCACCUGUGUUUCAAUCCUUUUUCGACUUCUACCUGUACAUGCUCUUCUUGGGGUGCUGGUGGAUUUGGGUUUUGAUCGUAAGCUGUGGCGGCGGAGACACCACAGCAUCGUCGCGCUCGGAGAGCGCGAACGAAAGCCAGGUUUGUUCUACGAUCUUGGCUUGCGGGACGGGCAAAGGCCUCACCGUCGACGCUACAGUUGGCUUGCUCGGUGCUGCGGAGACACCACAGCAAAAGCACGCUACCUGGAGCAGUGGAGAAAAGGAUACAGCUUCGGAACAUGGCCAGCGGCAAGGCAAGUACGACAAUCAGCCACGUUUUGUCCGGACUGUGGCCAGCGCGUGGCGGCAGGACGACCGGCCACCGAGAAAGCGAUACAGCCAGUCGCCAGCUCGAAGACGCAAGGGCGGUGGCAAAUUUCCUUCCGAUGGCAAGGAGGGCAAAGGCAAGGCCAAGAAAGGGAGUGGCAAAGGCGAGGAAAACGGCAUUUUGCCGCCGUCGCUGUCAGCCAUCCCUCCAGUACCUUCAGCACCGGCGGUGGUCAACCCGAAGCCGGCCGUUCAGGAGGUGGGGCCGUCGCCGGAGAAGACACAACUAGAGGCAUUAUUGGGGGUCCUGUCUUCGUCGUCUUCUGUGCUGCCGCCGGCGGCACAGCAGAUGAUUACAGCCAUGCAGGAGGCCAAUACUCAGGGAAGUGCCAAGGCCAUGCACAAGGCAGUGGCGGAUCAAUCCAAGGCGCGACAAGCCUUGGCCAGGAUCCAAGCGCAAAGAGCGACAUAUCUGCAAGCCUGGCACACAUAUCUGGGACAGCUAGCAGAGCUGCUCGAGAAGCAGCUUGCAGAGCAGACACAGGUGCUCGAAAACUUCGACAAUUCGGAACUCCAGUGGACCCAGGCCGAUCAGCAGGCGACCCAGCAAUUGGCGCGCUUGGCGGGUGCCGACAAGGAGACGGCGGAGCCCAACGACAAGGACAUGGAGGAUGCCGAGGCCUUGGUGGACAAUGCCAUGGAGACGGAGCAGCGGCUCAAAGCGGCUACUGCCGAAAGCCAGCAGUCAGCGCGGCGUAUGCUGACGGCGUUGGGCGAGAUGAAGCAGAAUGCGGAGGAGCUGGCGCAGCGGCAAGGGCGAGAGGGCUCGCGUACGCCGCGACGCGGCCAGCAAAGCGAGAACGGAUCCAAGGAGGCGGCCAAGGACGAGAAACAGCCGGCUGCCGGCCCAUGCAUAGGCCUCCAGGCUAUGUAUGGGCCGUGUACGCUCCUCGAAAGAGUUGAGCUAUAUGGCAUAGAGCAAGAACACGACUAUGUGGGCGCCGAUGCCGCUCGCAUUUUGGCCAUCAUGGAUGGCUUUCAGUUUGCCAUUUCGGAGCUGGAUGCAUGGGGUGUGCAUUCAGUCUGGGAGGAUCCGCGCAUUUCGGGCAGCACGUGGCCCGUACCGACAGAUUAUGACAGAGCUUUGCAGGUGGCCAAAGUUCUGAGUGGGGUGGAGCCACGAAGGGUUUCACGCCUUCCAAAAGCAGCUGCACCGUGUGCUUAUGGUGGUGCAUUUGACAGGGGCUCUUCCAGUGUGCUGGAAAAUGCACGGGCCCUUGAAACGACCUGCGUCCCUGCUUUCCCAUGUCCUGGUCCUAGCAUGGGAGGUCGAGGGCCAGUUGAUGUGGAUGUAGCGGGGUGUAGGGACACCUACGGGGAACGUGCAUUCUUCAGUGGCACUGGGACCGCUCCGCCUGACAGAGAUGGCUCAACCGCUGGACUCGACUGCUACCUCCCUGGGCUGACACACAAGACAAGACUUGUUGGCCAGAUCAUCGCCCUCAGUUCAUGUCGACCUGGUCAUCGCCCUCAGUCGCAGAAUGUGCGGGUUCAGCCUGGCACUUCCAACAGUCCAUCUCAGGUUAGGAAAGUAGGUACUGUGCCAGAACCUAAUACCGGCGACACACCCCAGGCUUUUCCAGAGCCGGGAGCUGCCAGCCUUUUCGCUGCUGGCGCGCCCGAUGUCGUGGAUCUGGGGCGUCCCUACUUUGAGGUUCCCUCUGUUAGGCGGGAGUCAGACGAACAGUCGAUGCCGGAGUCUCUCAUGCGGCCGCGCCAAAUGCCUUCGGUUGGAAGCUCCCUUCCUUCGCUCCGUUUACACCUCUCCUCGCAGAUCCCGAUUUACCCUGCCGAACUUGAUCGGCCAGAAGUCCGAUGCAGGAUGAUUACUGAUUUUGCGUGGAUUGUUGGCCACCGUGCCGCAGGCGCUGUUGCAGAGGGCGAGGGCCAAUUUGACCGGUAUGCUGUGUUUGACACAGCAUACCAUGUGCGCGUUCGGCAGCUUCCACGAGGAUGGACGUUAGAACACCUUGUGUCGGAGCUGCUCAGCCUAUACCCGCGGUUAAAUGGGGUGACGUUUUUACAGGACAAGCUUGGUAGUCUGCCGAGUGUGCAAGUGUCUGUGACUAUGCGCGACUUUGCGGCUACUCAGACUGUUUUGCCGGUCGACUUCCGAGGGUUUGAGGGGCGCAUUUGUACCAUUCGCAUCACUCCUGGCCUACAGCCUGAUGAGGUUCGGGACAUAUGUCGGUUUCAAUGCCCUCAAGAUCGGCUGCCACGCCGGCCUUUUUCAGUUGUGUGUAGCGAUGGACGUCCUAUGGUGAUUCCCCCCCUUCCGGCCAGGCCUCCUGAUCAUGGGGUUGGGGUUGCACGUGAUAUGCUCGAUGGGGAAGUGGACCCUUUGAGACUUGGUCUUCAGCAGCCUGCUGAUGAGGAACUGCAGGACAUCACGUCCACUACCACAACCACCAUUGACCCAGAUCUACGAAUGCGCCCUGUGCACCGGCCUUUGCACUUGAGUGGCGUAGAGCUAUUACCGUCCGGUGUGCUUACUGCGCCAGGCGCGCACGUGCCGGUGCCGCAGCUUGGGCUGUAUAGGCACAUUCGACGUGAGGACGGCGGGCAGAUGCACUUUCAUAUGUUUGCAAGAGGUUGUGCACCUGUUCGUCUCAUUGGCACGGUGUCGUGGACCAUGCUUGAUCUGUGCAGCUUGGUUGCGGACAAUCUUGAUGACAGAGCCCGUCGUAUUCAGGUCGUCACAGCGCCUCUCCCUGAGUUGCUGCAGCCACAAGUUACUGUGACUGAUUGUGGGGUUGAUGAAUCCUACUGUGUGCUGCCGGUUGAUAUGAGGUGUCUGCCGGGCGGGGAGGUUGUGGCAGUUCCGUUUUGCUCUGGCAUGGGAUUGCCAGAUAUCAUCCAGGCCAUUAUCCACGAGAUUCCUGACUGUCGUAGCUCUUUGGAGCCAAUCAUGGAUGCGGGCGAGAUGUAUGUGCAAGACUGCCAUGGGUUUGUGAUUGAGCAGCUGCAUGGAGCGCUGCCUGCCUAUCAGUGGCUGGCAAUACGACGGGGUCGCCCUCCCUUUGCUGGCGCUAUGUCUCUCUGUACCAGCACAACCACCACCCCUGCUGCCUUCGUUGCCGAUGUUCUUGGAGAUAGUAUUGCUACGGUUCCAGCAAGUGGUUGGCCACUGCAACCCCCCCCUGUUUCAGCUGAACCGCCUGCUUUGCUUACCAAGAGCAACGUUGCAGUUGACCUGAAAGCGGGAGGAGUUCAUUCAGCCGGCCCCCAGCUGUUGCCUACUUACUUCGGGGAUGCCAGGUUCCAGCAUGGCCCUGUGUGUGAUUUCUCAUGGGGUACGGAUGACGAGCAGCAGGAUGCAGAAAUGUUCACUGUUUUCGAUGUUGUGCGUCAUUGGACUGUGCAGCGGCGUGACAGGCAUGCUACCUUGCCCCAGGCAGCUGUACGGUCGGCCCCUUUUGGAGUAAGAAGCGUGCAUAUUCUGACAGUGCCGGUUGCGGGUCUACCUAGACCCCAAAUGUCCUUAGGAAGAGACAGGGACCCUGUUGCUAUGUGGCCUUUGCCUUGGGAUCUGCGACCUGUCGGAGGUGAUGUCCGCACUGCUGGUCACUUCCCUGGGGAGGAAGUUGCCGAAUUUGCGGGCAAGGUGCAGCAGGUUCAGCCUGACCUCCCCCGCCUCAGAGAUGACAUAGUUUCAGGCCAGGUUGCUGUGACUGAUGCACUAGGAUUUGUUGGUGGUGCCCUCCCUUUGGACCUGGAGCAGGUACAGCACUUCCAGGUUGAAAGCCAUCUCGCUGCCAGGCUGCAUGUUGAUACGCCGGUCGCUAUGUAUGCAGGCCCCAGUUCGCGUGGGGGCAUACCCACAUCCACCACCACCACCAACCCGGCUGUUCGACCGAUCGGGGUGAUUUACCGGGUUGUCUUGCUCUGGGGUGACUGUAUGGUCCAGGAGCAAGUUUGGCCGCCCUGCAGACAACUCGAUGGCAUUCUGGGCCGGCUUGUGCGGGAUGUGUUUGCCUGUGCUCCUCGCCAUCCGCCGUCCCAUGAAGUAUUUGUGUCCCUAGCAAAGGAGCAACCCCCGCUCACCGACGGGAUCCAGGAGAUCCUCUUCUUUGUUUUGGGACCUGAUUAUGAUGCUUGCCCAGUUGUUGUGGUUGACGAGCGCGCAGGUGGACACGGCUUGCAGUCCACCCGCCUCUCGCGUCGGGUCCGCUGUGACUCCUUGGUUAACCCGGCCUGGCGAAGAGAGGGAGUCAGUCUGGUGGUUAAUGGUGCGCCGGAAAAUCUUGCACAACGAUAUGCUGACACAGGGGAUUUACUCCAGUUCGCAGACCAACGUGGAAGGCCCAGGUCCCGGCCACUGGCGUCCCUGUUUGACGCAUUCCCUGCCCUCGUACCAUAUGCGUGGUUGGGCGUGCCGGUUGUACCCAGCCGGGCUGAGGCGGCGCAAGGCUUGGCGUUGUUGGACUGGAGGGCAGACACGCCAGCAGGUGAGCACAUUGGAUGGGCUCGGGUGCCAGGACCUCGUCCGUACCUCUCGGAUGGACCUAGCUCUUCUGCCGAUGGGUCCGUUGAUCUGCAUGAAGCACAGUCCCAGGGGGCUGUGGAUGCUGUACCUAGCCAGCCCGUCCAGCCACAGAUGCUCAUACCCACGCCUUUGGGGCGUCGUCGGGUCACCCGUUGCACCGACACGCCAGUAAAGAUUGUGCUCGAUGAAUGCAUCCCCGCUGCCGAGUGCAAUGCCGGCCCACCUGAGAGCAUUAUGCACUUGCCGGUGCCUAAGGAUGCCUUGGAGCUGGCCUUUCGCGGGUUUGCCUUGGACGUAUACCGAGCCCAAGUCCCGGAUGACGUGUGCAUGCACCCCGCAGCUCGCUGGCUGCUGUCAGGCAUCCCGGUUCAUAGUCGGGCCCGACGACCAACGGCUGUGCUCUUCUUUGUUGACGGGUCCUUCAAGUCAUCAUGUGCGAGUUGGGCGGUUGCGUGUAUCGCCUGUGUCGAUGGCAAAUGGGGUUGGUGGGGAUACCUCGCUGACACGGUCGAUGCCAGGAUUGAUUCGGGAGAUGCUUUUGCAGGGGAGCUUUUCGGACAGCUUGUGGCGCUGAGCACCGUGGCGUAUGAGCGCAUUCCUGCCACCGUCUACUACGAUUGUGACAGUGCUGCGCUGAGGCAUGCUGCCCAUCGAGCUGCGGGGUCUGAGCAACACUUUGUGGACUUUGUGGUUGAGGGACAGCACCACGCUGAUUGUGAGUUCGCCCUCGAUUUUAAGCUUGCCACAUACAACACCCUCUCCUGCAUUUCCAAUUUGCAGCGUCAGUGCCUUCAGGCAUUCCUUGAGCGCCAGGGCCUUGCUGUUUUCGGGCUCCAAGAAUGCCGUGCUUCGGUCGAUCCUGUGCAAAAGUGCGGCAAUGUCAUUCGUUUUGCAGGGCCUGCUCCUGACGGCCAACUUGGGUGUCAGUUGUGGUUUAAUGUCUCGCCCGGCAUCGGAUGGGCCAAGCACAGUUUCAGCUUUGCUUUUAGUCAUCCGCGCCUCAUCGUGGUUUAUGCUAAAAUUGGGGACUGUCGCGUGGCUUGCUUCGCUGGCCAUGCCCCCUCAGCUGUUUCGGCACAGGAGGCCAGAGAUGCAUGGUGGUGUUUGCUCCGGCAACGCCUGCUGGCAAUUCCAGCCAAUACGGCGCCGUUGUUGAUGUUGGAUGCCAAUGCUCGGUUUAUCCUACGAGAUGGACAGGAAGUUCCGGGCAACAACAAUGCAGAAGCUUUCGCUGCUCUCCUUGAGGAGUUCGGCCUUAGGCGAUCUCGAGCUUUUGAGCCCGAUGGAACCAGCAGGCCGUCUUGGAAGCCGCCCGAUGGGUCUGCUGCUGCUUGUCUCAAUUACCUUGUGUGGCCCUCGACAUGGGCGGACGGUUUUAGCGACUUAGGCAUACAGCCCAUUCUGGACGAGCAUGCGGACAUUGAUCACUCACCCAUCACUGCUGCUGCGAGCUUGCGGUUAAAGGCACCGGCAAGUGCCCCACCACGGGUAGAUCGGGCUGCCAUGAAUUCUGCAGAGGGCGUAGCCAAGCUUAGACUCUUGUAUGCCCACGCCCCUGCCAUCCCAUGGUGUGUCUCUGUGAAUGACCAUCUCGCUGCAGUUAAUGCUCACUUGCAGCAGGGUCUGGCAUCCUUGUUUCCGAUGAGUCGGAGUAGCCCUCGUAAGCCAGGACUCAGCUCUGCAACAUGGACCAUACUGCAGGCUAAGCGACAGCAACGCCGAUGCUUUCGCAGACAGAAAGCUCUUUUUGCUAAGUGGAUUGUGGCCCGAUGUUUCGCGGCAUGGGCACGCGGCCCUGAGACCGGUGCCUCCUGUGCGCGAGUCAAAGCCUUUGAUCGGGUGGCAGCUAUGCACGGCCGACUCAUGCGCCGUUUGACUAUAGCUGCCCGCCAAACCCAGAAGCAGGAUGAUGCGAACUUUGUUCGUGCGCGGUUCAGCGAAGCGCGCGAACAGGGACCAGAUGCGCUGGCCAAGCAGAUUCGUUCUGUCCUGCGCUGUGGUCGUAAUACGCGCAUUCCUGAGCUUGCGGUUGAACUGGAAGUGAGUGGCGAGCUCAUCAGCGAUCCCACUCAUGUCAAAGCCGCCUUCGCUGCGCAUUUUGGCCUUGCUGAAUGUGCCACACCGACUAAGUUGAGUGCCAUGUCCUCUAGAACGUCAGGCGAGGCCCCAACGCCAGUUCACCUUGAGGAGAUUCCGACUGCGGCAAUGGUGGCUGCAUCCUUCGCUUCUCUCAAGUCCAAUAAAGCGGCUGGAAUUGCCCAGAUCCCAUCGGAGGCCUACAGCAGAUGCCCAUUGCAAGCGGCCCUGUUGCAUAUGCCUAUCUUGAUGAAGAUUUGUAGCCGCCGGCAAUUUCCCACCCUGUGGGCAGGCAUGCUGGCGUGCGCCCUACCCAAGCCCAACAAGCCUAGGCAUAAAUUGGAGGGAUAUCGCUCUGUUGCCUUGGUAGAGCCAGCAGCAAAAGGCAUCCUCAAGGCAACCCGGCCAUCCCUGAGUGCGUGGUUUGAACGCCUGGCUCUCCCCACCGUCGGAGGAGCACGCAAGGGGCAUCCUGCCGACCUUGCUGCUCUCAGCACGCAAUGCCACAUAUCCCGCUUGAAACGCCAGGGUUUGUCGGGGGCAGUGCUGUACUUGGAUGGGGCUUCAGCCUUCUAUGCCGUCAACCGGGCACAUCUCUUUGAUGGCGAUAUGGCAGAUUUGCAGGCACACAUACAAUCCCUUCCACUCGAGGAUGAGGUGCGCAGGCGGGUUGUAGAGGCAAUUUCAGACCGUGGUGCACUUGAGCGAGCUGGUGUCCCUGGGGGCACUCAGCAACUACUGCGAACGGCGUUUGCCUCGACGUGGUUUGUUGUUGAUACACAGCAGCCAAUUGUGCAGGCAACCCUACGAGGCACGACACCGGGAUCACCACUCGCUGAUAUCUUAUAUCAGUUUGUGUCGGAAGCCUCGAUUCGCUGCCUCUCGGAGCAUCUCGCGUCAGAAGGCAUAGCUGCUGUUUGUGGUUCAGGCGGGGUUGCUCUUCCGCAAUCUUGGCUGGACGACGUAGCAUUGCUUAUAGGUGCGUCUGAUGCCACGCAAGUUCCUUUGGCCACUGCUCGCGCUGCCAGCCUCGCCCAUCAAUACCUGGCUGUUACUGGAGUCGAGGUGAAUUAUUCUGUCGGCAAGACGGAAGCUGUGCUGGUGCUAGCAGGGCAGGGUGCAGCAAAAAUUCGGAGGCAGAUUUUCAUCGACGAUAAUGGGUGCCUCGAUGUCGAGGUGCCAGGGAGCUCUUCACUCCGGCUGCGGUGCGUUGCGGAGUAUACACACCUGGGCAUCAUCUGUACGCAUACAGCAUCCUGCGAGGCUGCCAUUCGCAAGAGGGAGUGUCUGACUCGUGCAGUGUAUCAGCCCUUCAAGCGCCGAGUCAUGGCCAAUGACUCCUUGACUUGCAAGGAGCGUCAGGAAAUGUUCAAGGCUAUGGUCCUGGCCAAGUUCCUUCAUGGCGUUGGCACGCUUGAGUUGGGCAGCAAACAAGCACAUGCUCUGUUUUGUCGCAAGUACAUCGGGCUCGUCCGCGGAGCCGUGCGGCCUCUAUACCGUGUGCCAUGCCGCCGUUUGACGGACGUUCAGGUGUGCGCCUUGUUGGAUGUUUGUACUCCACAGGAGGCCUUGGACAUAGCAAUCAUACGAGCAUGGGCGUAUGUCGUUGCUAAAGGCGACCAAUACCUCAGGGGCUGUGUUCAAGGUACGGAUUGGCUGGCGGCCUUGAGGUCUGCCCUUCAGCGGGUAGCUGUUGUGCUGGAUGAUGCUCAGUUGACCCAGGCUGCAGCACGAUGUGAUGAGACAAGCGGUCUUGGGCUCAUGUUUCCCUACAGCGUGAGUCAAACCCGUCACGUGCUCCGUGCUUUCCGACGUCAAAGCAUCCUUAGCCGAAGAGAUCUUGUGCCUACUGCGAUCAAGAAGGCCAGCGCCCAUGACCGCGCUGAAAGAGAUGGCCUGGCUUUCUAUCGCAUGGAGAGCGACCGCAUUGUGCGCAAGCAGUGCUUCGUUUGCCCUGACUGUGCCUUGUCUUUUGACACGGCGGCUGCUUUGGGGUCGCACCGUUCCAAGGUGCAUUCACACGCGGCUGCCAGUUCCUUCGGGUUUGGGACGGCGUGUGAGGCAUGUCGGAAGCAAUUUUGGUCGACACCAAGAUUGCGCGAGCAUCUGCGCAAAUCCAGCCGUUGCGCCCGUAUUUAUUUCGAGGCCGACUGGGAGCCAGGGCAACCACGUGAAACCCUGGCGGAUGGCACGCUCCCGCCAGUUCCACUGGUAGGACCUGCACCAUGGUGGUCGACCCAAAGUUUUGGUGAGGCUGGUUCUAGUACUGUGACUCCUGCCCCUCCUGAUCCGUUGGCGAUGCUGACAACGCUGUCUACUGUGCAUCACCUCGAGCCCUUUUUCAGAACAUGGAUUCAGGCAGUCGAGUCUGGCUGGGAGCCUCCCCUCAUUCUCCCACAUUUUCAGUACGAAGAUGUGGCCUCGCUUGCUGUAAAGAUAGUUGAGGCUUUAGGUGUCUUUUCCGAAGCGCGAGCUCUGCGGUCUGGCGAGCUCGCCGCUAUUGUGUGUGAGGACGCAGUCCUUUGCGGACCCGCCAGUAAGGUGCGCGAAGCGCAAGAUACUUACUGGGGUGAUCUGUAA